AUGAGUCGCAAGACCCGAAACCACAGGAGGAAUAGGAGCAGGAAUGCAAAUGAUGACAGGGGCAGCCGGGGGGUGAGGAGUAAGUAUGGCGACAGCGACAGGAGUAUCAGUGGGGGCGGCGGCCGGCGAAGCGGCAGUGGCAGGCGAAGCAGCAGCGGUAGGAGUGGUGUGGGUGGUCGCAAUAGCCUCGGAAGUAACUAUAGCCAUAGUCGAAGUGGAAGUCAGAGUCGAACACAGAGUCGAGGUAGAAGUCAAAGCCGAAGUCAAAGCCGAAGUCAGAGCCGAAGUCAGAGCCGAAGUCAGAGCCGAAGUCAGAGCCGAAGUCAAAUCCGAAGUCAACGUCGGAGUCAAAGUCGACGCCGCCCCCGCGGUAACGGCGACGAACAGCCGAGGAGGGACCAAGGCAACUGGGGAGGAGGAAAAAAUUUUUCGCAGAGUCGGGAUAAUCCAAUUGGGGGGGGAAACUCAGAAGGGAGUUACAACCCCCAAAAGGAGAGCAAUCCUUAUGGGGGGUGGAAGAAGAAUACCUAUGAGGAGGGAAGGAGUAGCGGCAUGUACAGUUACACGCGUAAUUACGGUGGGGUUAGUACAAAUAUGAUGGACCAAACCGAUGGCACUUCCCCUGCAGAAGCACAAAAGAUGAACGCAGAGGACGAAAGACACUUAGGAGAAUUACUCAGGCAAUGCGAAGAAUCGACAACAGAUAGCAGACAGGUGUUGAACCAGUGGAUGCUGGAAAAAUGCUUCACUUCAAAUUUGAGUAAGUCUAUUGCGACCGAAUUUUAUCAGAGGAUAUUGAAGUGUGUAUUUUUUAGGAACAAGUUAAAUUUGAUCUGUUCCUACGGUGAACUCCUUAAAUGUCUGAUGCUGAAUGGAAGGAGUAAAGAGUUGGAAGAAUUCAAAUUUUAUAUCCAUUCGAUUGUCCAGGAUGGCUAUACUUGUGCUUACUACAAAGAUCAGGGAGCCAUAAAUAUCCUUUUGCAGAUGGUGUACUCCUGGAAGGAAUUGCACGUCACCAAUUUUAAUGAGACGAAGAUGCUGCUAAGUGUGUUUCACAGUGACAGUGCUAAUGGGGAUAAUGCGGCUGAUAGUAAUAGUGUCUCCGCUUGGGGAGAUGGACGAAGCCACAUCGAUUCGUAUCACCAGGGAAUACCAGACCAGUCACCCAUGAGCCCAAACGGGGGCAUGGGGGGCGCCCCUCAUAGUGAGCAGGGCUAUAUCGAUAACCGCACUCAGAGAUAUGCUAUCGAUUUUCAGAGAGGGAAGUAUGGAUAUAUGGGCUAUUUCAACGGAAGGAAGAUUCCAGAGCCGCCUAUGACGCUCCUUGAUCAUCAUCAUCCCCCUACCACGCCCCUUCAUCAUCAUCAGCAGCAUCUUCCUCCUCCUCCCCCUCCCCCUCCACCUCUUCUCCCAUCAAAUGACUUCCCCAAGGGUAGUAACAAACCAUUUGAUAAAUACAAAAAAAAAGAUUUCUUCCCUGAUGAAGGGAGGAAGAAGUACUUUAAUCAUCAGCCGUGGGAGGGAGAAAAGAACCGAAGUAAAGACCCCGAAACCAUUUCAGUAGGGUUCUUAGCUACGUUAUUAAAAUUGAUUUCCAGGAAGGGGAAAAGGCUCCAGAUUCCGCUGGUGCCUUAUACACCCAUAGACAUCUCGUACACUUACCAAACCCCGCCAUCCACAAGCACGUCUGAACAGCUGACUCAGAAGAUAAACGACUUUUACGAUGAGUUGGGGAACAUCAUGAAGGAGGAGGGUGGAGUAAGUGGCGAAAGUAGCGAUUCAUCCGAUUCGAGUGAAAGGAUGAAGAUGAGUGAAAAUUAUAAGGCGCUGAAAAGUUUGGGCAGGAAUGAGAAGGUGCAAAGAAACAACUCCAGUGACACGAACACGACCUUUUCGUCCGUCGAGUUGUUUGAUAGCUCCAUGAUUGAGAUGCUAAACGACAGCGAUGACAAGCAUAGGAAAAAUAAAAAAAGCAAGGACGUCAACUUCAGUCAAAUAGGCAUCGAAAAUGCGCAAAAUUGGAAUGAGGAAAGCAACCCGGGGGCAUCCAACUUUGAUUUUUACUCCGCCGGGAUGCCAGACCCGGGCGAGAAUGAUGUGUUCGAGAAGUACAGACGCAGCAAGGCUUAUGUCUACCACGAGGCCAUUGCGCAUAAGUUUCACGAGAUCAAGGGGAAGGAGUCCCGACCCGCUUAG